AUGAGAUCUGCUGGGAAAUUCAAAUUUUCCGUCACAAUUCCCAAGAUCUCGACCGAGUUUAAAGCGCUGGAUGAUGUAGGAUGGUAUGGCUCUGGAUAUCUAAUCACCUUAACGGCUUUCCAGCCGUUACAGGGAGCGCCUACAAGCUAUUCCAUCCUAAGGUUGUGUACAUGCUAUCAAUUGUUGUAUUCGAAGGAUCCAGUGGGCUCAAUUGUUUGCGCCGCCUCGCCCUCGUCCCCAGUAUUCAUUAUUGGUCGAAUAUUCGCAGGUAUUGGCGCCGCGGGUAUACUUCAAGGUGCACUGGGGAUUAUUACCUACAUUUCUCAAUUGGAAAAAAGUGCUUUAAAUAUGUCAAUUGCCAUAAGUGUUUUUGGUAUCAGCAUGUGUAUUGCACCAGUCAUGGGAGGUGCACUAACUGAUCGUACCAGUUGGCGAUGGUGUUUUUGGAUAAAUGUACCUCUUGGAGCACUUCUUUUAGCGCUUGUGGCUGUAUUUCUGAAAAUCAAGAGCAUUGAGAAAACAGCCCGAAAUCUCCCUCUUGCUAUCAAGCUAAAGCGUAUGGAUCCUAUUGGAAUUAUCAUUGUUAUCGCCUCUGUUUGUUGUCUGUUUCUUGCACUUCAAUUUGGCGGAGUGUCAUCACCGUGGAAAUCAUCAAGAGUUAUUGGGCUUUUCACUGGAUUUGGCUUACUACUCAUUGCUUUUGGCAUACUUCAAUGGAAACUCGGAGAAAAUGCCACAAUCCCGUUAAGAUUUCUCAAGCAGCGGACAGUAUAUAUGGGUUCGGCGUUUCUAUUUUGCACGAAAAUGGUGAAUUAUAUUGAAAUGUAUUAUCUACCAUUCUACUUUCAGUCUGCUCGCGGAUCAUCACCUGUUCGUAGCGCAGUCGAUUAUAUUCCUCUAGCUCUAGCCGAAUUAUUUGGUAUCAUGCUAUCUGGAGCAAUGAUCAAUAAGUUUGGACAUCAUAUUCCAUUCAUUCUUAUCGGUCAGACAAUUUGUGCAAUAGGAACCGGGCUCCUUACCACACUCAAUAUCACUACAUCGACUAUAGAUUGGGCUACGUUUCUCGUAAUUUGUGGGUUUGGUAUCGGCGUGGCAACAUUUUUCUCUCAACUUGGAGGAUCCAUAGCAGUCUCCAUCGGCAAUAGCUUCCUAGUGAAUGGCUUGGCCAAAGAAGUUCCACGACAAACGAGUGCCAUUUCUCCACAGGCGGUAAUAGAUGCCGGUCCAUUGGCGGUUCAAAACAUCUCGGCAGAUAGCACCAUCGUGAACGCGGUGCAGGAAUCAUAUGCAAAUUCGAUCUCCCACGUCUUCAUUUUCGCAACAGCAAUCGUUUGCUUUUCGAUGCCGAUGGCUGCUGGCAUGGAGUGGUUAAACUUAAACACAAUAUCACAAGGAAGAAAGCACGGAGAAAGAAAACAUGAGAAUUCGAAAAAUGAGCAUUGA